AUGUCUACCACACCCAUUCCAACUCGGACUUACAGGGACGCCAUAGAUGCACUGAACAGCCUUCAAACUAAUGCUGCUAUCCUGGAGGCCGUGCGUGCUGCAGGAUCGAAGCUCAAUCCUAAUGCUAUACCUGAAAUGAUUGAUUAUCUACGUAGGGUGGGCCUUAAGUUAAAUAAUUUGAAUGUCAUACAUAUCACGGGAACAAAAGGAAAAGGCUCUACAAGCGCAUUCACAGAUUCAAUAUUGCGGGCAGCUAGGCCAGGCUGGAAAACUGGCCUAUAUACCUCUCCUCACCUGGUCGCUGUCCGUGAGCGUAUUCGCAUAAAUGGCGAGCCACUUUCGGAGGAGGAGUUUGCUCGUAACUUUUUCGAAGUGUGGAAUCUGCUCCAGAAUACGAAGUGCGAAGCUGCCACCACACCCUUCAUGCCAAACUACUUUCGCUACCUAACGCUCAUGGCCUUUUAUACUUUCUACCAACUCAAGGUUGAUGCGACAAUUCUUGAGGUAGGCAUUGGUGGACGCUCUGACAGCACAAAUAUCGUCCCCAAGCCAGUUGUUACAGGCGUUACCGCCCUCGGGUAUGACCACACAAGGCUUCUUGGGGAAAAGCUCAGUCAGAUUGCAAAUCAGAAGGGUGGAAUAUACAAGGAAGGGGUUCCGGCCCUUACUGUUCAACAACCUGAGGAAGGCAUAUUGGAGCUUGGUGUUUGUGCAGUAGAGCAGAGGGCAUCUCAGUUCACAGUUAUUGACGCUCUCCCUUCCACUAUCCCAUUAGGCAAAUCGAACGCGGGUCUCGCGGUACAAUUGGUGCAUACAUUCCUCAGCAUCAAGGAUCAGUCAUACUCUCCUAUUUCGGAUCCCAACACCAGUGAACCAUUGAGAUUCCUCCCUACAUCUUUUAUGGACGGCCUCAAAAAUGCUCACUGGCCUGGCCGUUGCCAGACAAUACCUGAUUCGAAGCUUGAGGCUAUGACAUGGUUCCUCGAUGGGGCACAUACACAAGAGAGCCUUGCGUGCUGUCUGGAAUGGUUUGUAAGCCCAGCAGUCGGGCUUCCCGUUUCCCCCGUUUCUGACGAUCACCCACCCCGAGUGCUAAUCUUCAAUUGCACCAGUGGACGUUCAGGAGAUGCUUUCCUGACAGCCAUCUUGGAAAAAGUAGAGGAGCAACUGGCGAUCCAUGGCAGCCUGGAGAAGAAGGAAGACUUUUUCGCCAAGGUCAUUUUCUGUAGUAAUGUGACCUAUGCCAGCGGGAAUUUCAAAGGCGACCUUACCUCCGCCGCAAUAUCUACAACUGACAACCUCAAUCUCAAGACUCAGAGAGAGAUUGAGGCAGCCUGGAACAAGCUUGUCCUAACAUACUCUGGCACAGUGCACGUUCUGCCGUCUAUUGAGGACGCUGUGGAAGAAGCGCGCAAGACACUCAACGUUAGCGUGCUCGUCACGGGCAGCUUGCACCUUGUAGGCGGCGUCAUCGAGGUCGCAGGCUUGGCAGACAGAGCCUUGAGCCCGAAAGCAUGA